GCAAAACAUUCUUGUUUUCCUUGAUUUUUCGUGGAAAAAUGUCCUUUUAACACCAAAAAACCGUGUGAUAAAUCGCCCAAAGCUCUUCUGUUGCCAUAAAACUAUAAAAAAUCAUGCAGAAAACAGUACUCAUAUCGAUAUUUCUCGUAAAUUUGUGUCUUUCAAAUGCCGACGUGGAGCUGCAAACCAAAAUCAGUCGCAAUGAACGAAGUCCCGCAGUAAUUAGUGCUUCGUCGAGUCCCAAACGUCUCAUUGACGAGCCAGUUUGCGCUAUUUUACGCACUUUUUGCUCCAACACGUUGCUGGAAGUGGAUGACUUUUACACGCUCGAGUGCGUACAAAGCCUAAAAAAUGACCAAAAAGACCAACUAAGUGACGAAUGUCAAACAAUUAUUUGGAAUCACAUUCACGAGCUGGUCGAAGAUAAAAAUGUCUACAGAUUACUGCAAAAAAGUUGCAGCAAAGACAUGGAAAAAUUAUCGCAAUGCAAACCCACGGACGAAUCGGGAAGACUUUUGGGAUGUCUUUUGGCGAAAAAGGAGGAAAUUCAUGGCGCCGAUUGCAAAGCUUUUGUUCAAAGAUUAGAACUUGUGGCAUUUUCGGACUUUAAAUUGAUCGCUUCGUUCGCGCAAAGUUGUCGCGAAGACGUGGAACGAACAGCUUGUGGUCGCGUUGGUGCAGAUGGCAAUCAAUGGUCACAAGGCGAAACGAUUGCUUGCCUGCAAAAUCAUCUUCAGGCGAACGGAGAUGCUCAGGGAUUGAGCGCCGAUUGCAAACAAAGCAUUUUACGACUUUCGGAGAUGCAAGCUGAAAGUUUCAAACUCGAUUGGAAGCUGUACAAGGCUUGUUUGCAAGAUGCCACGACAUUUUGUCCCGAAGUGAAGCCCGGAAAUGGCGAUGUUUACAAAUGUCUUUCGAUUCAUCGCAACGACGAUAAGAUGUCGCUUCAUUGCCAACAGGAAUUAACUCGUCGCGAGAAACUUUUGGCUCAGGAUUACAAAAUGUCACGUGGUUUAGCGAAGUCUUGUAAGGAUGACAUUCGCAUUAAUAAAUGUCGCCGCGGCGUUUCUGAAGACAAAAACGUUCGUCUCGCCCAAAUUUUGUUGUGUCUCGAGAGCGCAUACAAAAAUAACACAAAAUUGACGCCAGAAUGUCUCGCCGAGAUGCACGAACAUCGCAAACUUUUGAUGGUUGAUUAUCAUUUGACGCCGGAACUGCUUGAUGGAUGCGCCCCCGACAUUGAAACUUUUUGCAAAGACUUGACCGGAGCUAAAACAAUUCAUUGCCUGAUGGAACACGCUCGACCAAAGAAGAAAACGGAAAUUCGUGUGACCCCAAAAUGCCAAAGAGCAAUAGAAUUUUUGGUAAAAGUCGCGGAUGUUGGCGAAGAUUGGCGCGUUGAUCCAAUUUUAAGGAUGUCCUGCAAGGCAGUUGUUGAUGUGGCAUGUCGCGAUACACAAGGCGGCGAUGCGAGAGUCAUGUCUUGCUUGAUGGAAAAGCUCGGAACGAAUUACAUGACGGAAGAUUGUGAAGCGGCACUGUUGCAAAUUCAAUAUUUCGUCGCCCGAGACUUCAAACUGGAUCCGCAGCUGUAUCGGGCAUGCAAAGAUGACGCCGUUAAAUUUUGUAAAGCGAAAAAAGCGUGGAAUACGGAAGAUGAUAUGGAUCCUGAAAGAGGUCCUUUGAUCCUGCCAUGUCUACAUCGGUAUGCCUAUCAAGCGGAUAAGGCGAUGCAAUUGAAGCCACAUUGUUUCCAAGAAGUUAAACGAGUUAUGAGACAACGGGCGACCAGUGUCGACCUGAUUCCCGAAGUAGAAGACGAAUGUUUGUCAGAUUUGGCGUUAUAUUGCUUCGAUAAGACCCACAAAGGUGAGGAAAUGCAAUGUUUGCAAGAUAGUCUCGAUCGUUUGAGUGAUCGUUGCAAAGAAGCUGUCAAUCGUUAUACCGAAGACGAAGCCGGGCAUGUCGAACUGAACCCCAUCAUCAUGUCCGUGUGCAAAGUUGCGAUGGAAAAACACUGUGAACACAUCCUAACCACCGGCAAAGACGAAGGCGAGAUGAUGGAAUGCCUAAUUUCGCACAAAAAUGACCCGGAUCUCCGUGCUGACCUGAAAUGUCGCGCCGCAAUCGAACAUUUUCAGAUAAUUUCGCUGAAAAAUUACCAUUUUACGUACAAAUUCAAGGAAGCAUGUCGUCCCCAUGUGAAUCGCUAUUGUCCCAAUAGCAUGACAAAAUAUGACGUCGUCUCGUGUUUGAGUGAAGUUAUGCGAAAUGACACGAUCAGCGGUAGUCGUCAUACAAUUCCGAAGGAAUGUCGACAACAAGUGCGUGCCCAGCUGUAUCAACAACGCGAAAAUAUCAACUUUGAUCCGAAAUUGAAGACUUAUUGCGCCAAAGAGAUGCAAGAUUUGUGCCAAAAUGUCGUACCGGGGGCGGGACAAGUGCUGGAAUGUCUUCAAACGCAUCAUCAAAAGCUUGGGCCCAUGUGUCGACAUGCCUUGUUUCCCAUUAAAAAGUCAGAAAUGUCGGAUAGCUCCACGGAUUACACCCUGAUGACCACUUGCAAGGAAAUGUUGAACCAAUUUUGUCAUGAUGCGGAUCCGGGAAAAUAUCUCGAUUGUCUGAAGCAUCACAGGGACGAACCAAAUUUCGAUAAUGACUGUCACGUGGUCGUCGUUAAUCGCAUGAUCGAGCAAAAUACGGAUUUUCGCUUCAAUCCGGCACUGCAUAAGGCUUGCAAGAAUAAUAUUGCGAAUUUUUGCGCCUCUGUCAUCGCCAAAUCCAAAAAAGACGAGGAACUCAACGGAAAAGUCGUCGAUUGUCUCAAAACGAAAUUCAGGGAAGGCAAGUUGAAUACGGAAUGUGAGAAGCAAAUGACGGAAUUGUUGCAUGAACAAGCUUUAAAUUACAAAUUGAACCCGUUGCUGCAAAGUGUGUGCAAAAAUGAGAUUGAACAAGUUUGUGUGCCGAAAGAUGACAAGGUCGAGGAUCACGGCGAAAUUGAAGAAUGUCUCAAAAAUAUGUUUAUGCAGGGAAAAAUCAUCACGGGCGAGUGUAAAGUUGAGGUAGCGACACUGAUACAAGAAGCCAAAGCUGACAUUCAUGUCGAUCCGAUUCUGCAAAGGUCGUGCACCGUUGAUCUCUUGAAAUAUUGCUCGAAUGUCAAAAGUGGAAAUGGAAGAAUGUUAAAAUGCCUUCAAGUAAUCUUCGAACAACGAGCAGAAACCCUUGAAGAAGACUGUCGACAAAAACUUAAAGAGCGCAUGGAAAUGUUUCGAAAUGCGGCAAUUGUGAUUCCCCAAGCCGAAAGUCUCAGUGAUCUGUACUCACAAGUUGUGACGUCGCCGUCCAAACAUUAUUUCAUGAUUGUUUUGCUGACAUUCGUGGGCAUCAUCUUCAUAUUCGGACUAUUUUGUGGAAGAGUGACGCAAAGAAGUCUUGCACUUAAAAAUAAAUAGAUUUGUAGGGAAUUUAAGUUAAACUACGGCCAGAAAAUUUAAAAAACUUAGAAAAAGCCUUUUUUAAUAUAAAUAUUUACCUAAUCAAAGUAUAUGUUAAGUCAUUGUCUCCAAAAAAAAAAAAACUAAAAUUAAAAGAAUAAAAUGAUAUUUUAUG